AACCAGACAGAAUUAGCCGGUCUGACUCCGACCUAUCGCCAUUAACCUCUAACCAGUUAUAAUCAGAAAACAUUUACUCUUUCGUCGAUCCAAAAACUUCUUCCAAAUCAACACUGUUAAAUCUUCCGUUGAAGCCUCAACCUCAAACUUCAAACCAAUUUGGGUCAACACAACCGGUUCACUUGGUUCAUAUAAUCAGAUGAACCACCAAACCCAGAAAAAAAAAACCCAGUAAGUUCCUCUAAUUCUUGCCAAAAUUUACUGCUCUGAUUAAAGGGUGUGUGUUUUUAAAAAAGGGUUUGCUUAAAUGGAGUUGAAUUUGGUGCCUAUAUCAAAUACAAGACAAAAGCAUGAUCCGGCUUGGAGCCAUUGUCAAGUUUUUAAAAAUGGCGAAAGAUUGCAAAUUAAAUGUAUGUAUUGCUGCAAAAUGUUUAAAGGGGGAGGAAUUCAUAGGUUUAAGGAACAUUUAGCCGGUCGGAAAGGUCAGGGUCCGAUAUGUGAACAAGUUCCACAAGAGGUUCGAGCUCUUAUGCAGGAUAGCUUGAAUGGGGUUUUAGGCAAACACGAUAACAAGCAAAAAGCAAUUCCCAAAUUAUUCUCCUGCGGUAGUAGUAGUCCACACGUUGCUGAGAAAGAAAAUUCUGCCUCCCAUGAUGAUACGAAAGAUGGUAUCAUACCAAUUUCGGUUUUAAACACUUUAGAAGCUGAUUCUGAUUUGGCAUUGAAUGGGAUAAGGGAAGUCAAUAAGGGAAGUAGAGGUAGGAAACGGCAAAGGGAUCAAAGUUUGGUAGCAAAGAGUGAUCCUUGUGCAAAAAACGAUAUUGAAUUGGUUCCGAUAAGGGUUGAGAAUCCAGUUCAUAUGGCGAUAGGGCGUUUCCUGUAUGACAUUGGAGUUGACUUGGAUUCCGUGUACUCGGUUCAUUUUCAACCAAUGAUUGAUGCUAUUGUUUCUGGUGGAUCUGGGACUGUACCUCCCUCCUAUGAAGACCUUCGGGGAUGGAUAUUGAAGAAUGUAAUUCAGGAAGUGAAGGAGGAUAUCAAUAGAAACAAAGCAAUGUGGCAUAAGACAGGGUGUUCUAUUAUAGUUGAGCAGUGGAGCUCGAAAAACAGCAGAAUUUUGUUAAGUUUUUUGGUUUACUGUCCUCAAGCAACUGUAUUUUUAAAAUCUGUGGAUGCAUCCCAUGCAUUUUAUUCCCCAGAUUAUUUGUUUGAAUUGCUUAAGCAGGUGGUUGAAGAAGUAGGGGCUGAGAAUGUUGUGCAAGUAAUCACUAAUUGUGAUGAACAAUAUUUCUUGACCGGGAAGAGGUUGAUGGAGUCAUUUCCUUCACUUUAUUGGGCUCCUUGCUUAACACAUUGUGUGGAUAUGAUGCUUCAGGAUUUUGGUAGCCUUCAUUGGAUAAAUGAAACAAUUGAACAUGCUAAAUCUCUGACAAGAUUCGUCUACAAUCGUAGUGUGGUUCUGAAUAUGAUGAGAAGAUUUACUGGUGGUAACGACAUUGUGGAACCAGUACUUACUCGUUUUGCUACUAACUUUGCAACUCUGAAAAGAAUGGCUGGUCUUAAGCUAAAUUUGCAGGCUAUGGUUAGCUCACAGGAUUGGCUGGAAUGCCCUUAUGCAAAGAAACCAGGGGGUCUAGCAAUGUCGGACAUUGUUAGAAAUAGGUCAUUUUGGAAUUCAUGCAUCUUGAUUGCGCGAAUAACAAAUCCCCUCUUGCGGGUUCUAGAAAUAGCUGGUAGCAAGAAGAAAGCCGCAAUGGGAUACAUUUAUGCGGGAAUUUACAGAGCAAAAGAAACAAUUAAGAAAGAACUUGUCAAGAAAAAUGAUUAUAUGGUCUACUGGAAAAUUAUAGAUAAUAGAUGGGAACAACAGCGACAUCUUCCUCUUUAUGCUGCUGGUUUCUUCCUUAACCCCAAGUUUUUCUACAGCACCGAGGGAAAUAUGCACAAUGGUAUCCUAUCGUCAUUGUUUGAUAGCAUAGAGAGAUUGGUUCCUGAUGCAAACACCCAGGACCAAAUUGUCAGAGAAAUAAAUUUAUACAGGAAUGCUAGUGGAGAUCUAGGAAGGCCAGUGGCAGUUAGAGCCUUAGAUAAUUUACUUCCUGGUGAAUGGUGGUCUAUAUAUGGUGGAGGCUGCCCAAAUUUGCAACAGUUGGCCAUCCGCAUUCUCAGUCAAACUUGCAGUUUAAUUGGGUGUAAGCCAAAUAAGAUUUCCAUUGAAGAAAUACAUGACACAAGAAAUUUUCUCAACCGUCAAAGACUUAGUGAUCUUGUCUUUGUUCAAUACAAUUUGUAUCUGAGACAAAUGGUUCUUAGAAACCAAGAAAAGCAUGCUGUGGAUCCUCUCUCAUUUAACAACAAAUAUAUUCUUGAAGAUUGGAUUGCCGAUAAUGAGGUAUACCCUGAAGAUUAUGAGGGUUCAGAUUGGAUGUCACUUGAUCCCCCAGUUGAUAACAGAACAACUUUAGCACUCCCAGGUGAUGAAAUCGAAGACUUCUUGGGCACAGGGUUUAUAGAUUUAGACAUUUUCAAUGGAUUGAAGGGGGUCAAAGAGGAGAUAUGAAGAUAAUGCUAUGGUGCACCAAAACGGUUAAAUUCUCACCUACUUUAGGUUGCUGAUUAUUAUUUCCACCGUCACGUGAGCUUGUAGUUUAAAAUCCUUUAUCCCUUGUUGAUUCCGUGGUCGUGGCUGAUUAUGUCUGACUAUGUCGUAGGUGUUUAAAAUCCUUUAUCCAUCGUUGAUUCCAUGGUCAAGGAGGAGAUAUGAAGAUAAUGCUUUGGUGCACAGGUACAUAUUACCUAAGAAAUAUGUAGAAAGAGAGUUGCUAGAGUUCUCGGAAUAACUAGCAAUGGGCUUAGAAAAUUUUCUCCCUGUAAGGUUGAGAAAACUACUUUAAAGUCUAGUUUUCCGCACUUGCUAAUGGACUGAAGGGGCAAAGCUGUACAAUCCUGGAAAGAGUUUUUUUAUCAAAGAAUGCGGUUGUAAUUUAAGGUUGCUGGUCUCAUGAGAGCCAUUUUGUGCAAUUUGUUUAAUAUGAUUUUUAGUCAUGAGUUCAAAUACUGGAAAUAAGAAUACAGACUAAACCCGGGUUAGAAUUUCUUGAUUCUUGUUGCAAUCACAGCUUGUAAUUUGCAUUU